AUGUCUCUGUUUGGUGAUAUACUUCCGAUAAAUAAAAAUGAAACCAAAAACAACCAAGCCAGCGCGAAUCUUUCUCCAUAUCUGAACUUCGAUCCGAACUAUAUACCGAGGAUGCAACCGGAGUUCCUAUACCCUGAUGAGAGCCAUAUGGCCUCCACGGCGCGACGAUCGAACGUAGCUCUACCCAUCAUAGGAAUGUCUUUCAUGACCGGAUCAGGUUUGGGAGGUAUGGCUGGUCUGUACAAGGGUUUGAGAGCAACAACAUUAGCAGGACAAACCGGAAAAGUGAGAAGAACUCAACUUCUUAAUUAUAUUAUGAAGCAAGGUACAACUACCGGCUGCACUUUAGGAAUAUUAGCAUCAUUUUACUCCAGUAUAGCCUUAGGAGUGACUUGGAUUAGAGACCAAGAAGACACAGCAAACACUUUUAUAGCAGCAACUUGCACUGGGAUUUUAUAUAAAAGCACUUCAGGCCUCCGCUCAAUGGGCCUCGGGGCAGCUGCGGGACUUACAUUAGCAGGAAUCUAUACUCUCCUUACAGACAAUGAUAAUAUAUGGAGCAAAGCUAGAUAUAUAAGAAUGUGA